GGCUGGGAGCGCAGCGGCGGGAGCCUGGAGAAUGAUGAGCCGGUGCGCGCACGGUGCCCAGAGCCCAGCCCUGCCCGGCGCGGCUCCGGAAAGCCGCCCGGGGAACUUAGGGCAACGCCUUUGGGACCCCCUACUGGUUGGCAGGCAGGAUGGUGAGCUCCCUGCCUCCGGGUCGGCGGACACCUGUGGGCAUUGCGGAGGCAUAGGGGAUCGUUGUGGAGUGAGUGUACUGGGAGCUACCUCACACCUGAUACAAAAGCCAGUGGUGGAGUGAGUGUUGCUAUUUUAAGUUGCUGAAUGGAACCUCUGAGGACAAGGGGAGGGGACAGAGGUUAAGAAGAUAGAGGCUGAGUGCCUGGCCAGCCUGGGCAGGCACUGCAUCUGCUAACUGGGGCACAUCUUCGCAGGGCUGCCUAUGUCCCCUCCUUCCCAGGCUGGCAUCCCCACCGCAGGCUUCCUGACCACAGGUGCUGGCCUCGUGCCCCAGGGCGCCUGUCUGCUGAUGUGCCCAGCUCCUGCCCACCAUGCCGCCCUACAUCUCGGCUUUCCAGGCUGCCUACAUUGGCAUCGAGGUGCUCAUUGCCUUGGUCUCUGUGCCUGGAAACGUGCUGGUGAUUUGGGCUGUGAAGGUGAACCAGGCACUUCGCGAUGCUACCUUCUAUUUCAUCGUAUCCCUGGCAGUAGCUGAUGUGGCCGUUGGCGCCCUGGUCAUCCCACUAGCCAUCCUUAUCAACAUUGGGCCACAGACCUACUUCCACACCUGCCUCAUGGUGGCCUGCCCUGUCCUCAUCCUCACCCAGAGCUCCAUCCUGGCUCUGCUGGCUAUUGCUGUGGAUCGUUACCUCCGAGUCAAGAUCCCUCUCCGGUACAAAACAGUGGUGACUCAGCGCCGGGCAGCAGUGGCCAUCGCUGGCUGCUGGAUCCUCUCCCUGGUUGUAGGCCUGACACCCAUGUUCGGCUGGAACAACCUGAGUGUGGUGGAGCAAGACUGGGCAGCUAACGGCAGCGUGGGGGAGCCCGUGAUCAAGUGUGAGUUCGAGAAGGUUAUCAGCAUGGAGUACAUGGUCUACUUCAACUUCUUCGUCUGGGUGCUGCCGCCACUGCUCCUCAUGGUUCUCAUCUACCUGGAGGUCUUCUACCUGAUCCGUAAGCAGCUCAACAAAAAGGUGUCGGCCUCCUCUGGCGACCCACAGAAGUACUACGGGAAGGAGCUGAAGAUUGCCAAGUCACUGGCCCUCAUCCUCUUCCUCUUCGCCCUCAGCUGGCUGCCGCUGCACAUCCUGAACUGCAUCACCCUCUUCUGCCCGACCUGCCAGAAACCCAGCAUCCUUAUCUACAUCGCCAUCUUCCUCACGCAUGGCAACUCAGCCAUGAACCCCAUUGUCUAUGCCUUCCGCAUCCACAAGUUUCGGGUCACCUUUCUGAAGAUUUGGAACGACCAUUUCCGAUGCCAGCCCAAGCCUGCCAUUGACGACGACCUCCCAGAGGACAAAGCCGAUGACUAGACUCUGCCCUGCUCCCUCCAACCCACAUCCGGUGGCUCUCUGCUCAUCCCUCGGAUCCCAACCGCCCCACUGCUCUUCCUCAGUUUCCCCAGCUGGGCUGUGGGUUGUGGGCACCAGGGAGGCUCUGAAGAGAUGCCGUAGAGCAGAGCCCCUUCUCCAAGGAGCCAGUUGCCCUGUGCCUUGGGGAGCUGGAGGAGGCUUGGAGGUGGGUCAGGCUAUGGCAGGGAACUGGGUGCCCUGAGGUGAGAGGAGUGUGUUGAGGGCCCCAUAUCCAGCUGUUCUACAGUCCAACAGGGGAGCCUGCUGUUAGGUGUUGGUGGCCCAAGGGACCAACUUCAAGGAGAGGAUAAGACCCCUCAGAGGAUGGAUAGAGAGAAGUGGGUAUGCCCUGGCUUUUCUUUCUCUCCUGUUCUGUAGGAAAGAUAGCAAAGUUCAGGAAAGGAGACCUCA